AAAUGUUUAUGCUCUACGAACAGAACAGUCUUUGCUAAACUCUGAGCUUCAGACACUAUAGUUGAAACUAAAAAUGUAAUUGAUCAAUAUCUUAUUCACAAUAGUAUACAUCUACCGCUUGUCAAAUACUGAAAGGGAGAUAUGUUUGUAUAGAAGAGCCUGGAAGACCAUGCAACCUGUACUCUUAUUAAAUCUAGAGACAUUUUCUGGGAUUUUCAGCAGGAACACGCACUGCAGCUUUCUCAAAAGCAUAUAUUUGUAGCAUAAUAGAUCAGAUGUCUCCCCGCGACCCCAACAGGGAAUAAGCGGUAAUGAUGGAUGGAUAGAUCAGAUGCUGUAGUCCAGACAUUUCAUCUAAAAAAUAAAAACAUUUUGGUUCAGUAAAGGUUAAAUACAACAAAGUAGUGACACUAUACGUAAAAACAAACCAGAACCUUGGUUUAUAAGAUUUGUCUGCUAUCUUGUCUUUUUUUGUUUUUUUACUUGUUCACUUAUUUAAGCAUUUUAUACAACAUCCGAACUUUGGAGGACUCGUUAUCGAAAAGACUCUCCUCAUUGUUCCAACAGAUGGCGCUCUACCGUCAUUUUUCCGUCCAUUAAUUCACACACCAAAGAAGAAAAGCGUGCCCUUUUCCGCCGUGCUGUUGGUGCUAGCAAGCUAGUGAAUUUCCCCCCCCUGAUCGAACAGGAGGCAAGAAAGCGGCGGUGAACAUUUUUUGGAGCUUAAAACAGACAGAACUGAUUGUAGGACUCUUACCAAGAGGAUACUUGAAAUGGGAGACCCAGCUUUUAAUCGAGACUGCCCCCUGGACUGUAAGGUUUAUGUGGGGAAUCUCGGAAACAGUGGAAAUAAGACGGAGCUAGAAAGAGCUUUUGGGUACUAUGGUCCUCUAAGAAGUGUAUGGGUUGCCAGGAAUCCCCCAGGUUUUGCUUUUGUGGAGUUUGAAGAUCCCAGAGAUGCAUCUGAUGCUGUCAGAGAACUGGAUGGAAGAACUAUGUGCGGCUGUCGAGUGCGUGUUGAGCUAUCAACGGGGGAGAAACGCUCUAGGAGCCGUGGUCCUCCUCCAUCUUGGAGUAGACGCCCUCGGGAUGAUUUUAGACGACGAAGUCCUCCAGUCAGACGCAGAUCCCCAAGGAGGAGGAGCCUGAGCCGCAGUCGCAGCAGGUCUCUUUCAAGAGACAGACGCAGAUAUCGUUCUCUCUCCAGAGACAAGAACCGUAAGCGCUCAAGGUCUUUCUCACGCUCAAGGAGUCGUUCCAGGUCUACUGACAGGAAGUGAAGACUUGGAUCACUCUACAGGAUCGUUUUUGCAAAAAGACUUUUGAUUUUUUUUUUUUUUUAAGUCAAGUUUGUUCUUUUUAAGGUUUUGUUUGCAAGCUCAAGGCAGUCAGUGGCCAAACUAUAUAUAAAGUACUGAAGCGACAUCUCCCAUAUCAGUGGUGCAUACAUUCUUUUCAAAUAAAUAUUGUUGUCUUGUCCUGCAUGUUUAAGACUUCAAUUAGUUUAACAGGUAACAUGAUUUAUUUUAACAGAUGACUCAAAGUUUUGUGAUUUCUUUUAUUUUUUUAUUUUAUUUUGUCAUUGUUGUGAUUGCUUUCUUUUUUUUUUUUUUUUAUUAUUACUGUGAGACGCUGUAGAGGGCGUGUACCUUAUGAGUGACAGAACAUGUAUUCAGAUGUUAUAAAUACCGGUGCUGUUAUACUUAAGUUGUCCUGAAACUUUCAUCAGUAACUGUAUUUUACCCGCUGUAUGAAACUUUUUCAUAAGCUUUGCUUGACUGAGCGCCAACAGUUUGUGAUGAUGCCGUUUGACAACUUCAAUAAAUGUUUUUCCAAGGUUACA